AUGGACAGGGGUCCCGCGGGGGGUCAAAGUUCGGCGGCGAUGCCCGGUCUGGUCAUCCGGCCCUAUCUUCCGGAGGAUUCCGCCCAGGCCCGGCGGAUAUUUGAGGCCGGGAUACUGGAGCUGGUUCCAGCCGCCUUCCGGAGGGCGUCCCGAUCGCCAGCCAACCUCGGCCUGCUCCUGGCCGUCUCGGGAGCGGUUUACGCCCUCACCGCUUCACCGGCACUCGCCGGGCUGAGCGCCCUGGCGCUCCUGGCCCUGGUCCUCCUCGCCUGCCGGGAAGCCUACGCCGGGUACGUCCGGGAGUCGCUGAGGGGGGACUUGGCCGACAUCGAGGGGCGCUACCUGAGGGGGAACCGGGGCGGUUUCUGGGUGGUUCAGGCGGAAGGGGCCGGGCGUCUGGCGGGCACAGUGGGCGCCAAACCUGACCCCGGUGACCCCACCGCCUGCCAGCUGAUGCGGCUGUCGGUGGACAGGCGGUACCGCCACCAUGGGCUGGGGUCCCGGCUCACCCAGACGGUCCUGGAUUUUGCGCGCGCUAGCGGCUACCACCGCUGCUCUCUCCAGACAUCCAGCGUCCAGGAGCCCGCCCUGCGCCUGUACCGGAGGCUGGGCUUCCGUCUCGUGAGCUCCAACCGGCCGCCAAGUGCCGGGCUCCUGAUCCAAUUGUCCAACAUCCGGGUGUGCACGCUGGAGAAGAGGCUGUGA